UCAUAAUUAGAAAAAGAUUAAAAUACGUAAGAUGGAGUGUAGAUGGUCAAUAGAGGAAGUUUUUGACUGUUUUGGUGGUUAAAGAACACUUACUGAAGAAGUUACCUGUUGAUAUACGUGAAAAAAUGCGUUUUCCGAUUAAAUUUUUGACUCUUUUACUGGUGCUGGUGUGUAUUAAUUACUCAGAAGAAUGGUUUGGGGGAAGAAGGCGGCGACGGCUGAUUCCACCAAUUAGAAUUCCACCUGUACGUCGAAUUGUCCGACGCGUUGGAAAAACGCUUGAAAAAACUGGCAAAGGUUUGGCGAAAGGUGUGACUUCAUUGGCCAAAGGUUGUUGCGGUUUAAAACCUUGGAUUUGCCGGUCUGAGAAAGAAUUUAAAAACAGACAAUAUGAUAUUAAAAGAAAAAGUGCAAGUAUGGAUCGGGAUUGGAUAACAGUGAAAAAAAUGCUCGCCAACAUAAAGGUUGCAAAUAACGACAAUUCAAAAAUCUAUUCGCAUGUGCGACGGAUUACAUUGAGUAGCGGUGGAACAAUAGAAAUUUUGGAUCCAGAAAUUAUUGUUAAAUUUAAUAAUGUUUCCAACGAGUUAAAGAAAGCUAUCGAACAUAAAAAUCAAACUGUUUUAAAUUACGGAAUAAACGAACUUCAAGUAGAAUACGACAAGAAGAAGACAGGUACAGAAACCGCUCUUUUGGAUGCCAGCGGAAUUGGAGGUUUUGGUAUGUCUACUGGAUAUCUUAAAAUGACUGCAGACAUGUUCCGUCUCAUCAAAUUAGAUUCCGUGGCCAAAUUUAUGGAAACAAAAGUUGGUGGUUUACUUAAUAAAGCCAAACUUGGAGUGUCAAAGUUAUUUGGUUUUCACUACCUGCAAGAAUUAGGAAAACAAAACAAGAUUUUAGGAGGUGUCUUGAAAGCGUUCGCCUUCUAUAAUAACUAUCUAAGUCUCCACGGAGGAGUGUUUAAACUAAUGGAAGGAUUUAACAAGUUGGUUGGCUGGAUUACAGAUUUAGCUGGUUGUGGCAAGCGCGGUAAUCAAAUUCAUGAUUCUCUUAAGAAGCUCAAAAAGGACCACGUAAAAAUCAAUGACGCGUACAAGACACUUCAAAAAUACAACAGAGAAGUAAACAAGAAUUGGGCGACAGUUCGACGUCAAAUUAGCAGUGACGGUUUGAUGACAAAUUUAAGAAGUAUUGAAGAUAUAGCCCGACAAUCAUCUACUCAAUCCACUAAAUUAAAACGUGCUUUAGCUGAAAUUAUAAGCUUUCGUGUUGGUAUAAAACGCGCUAACGCAGCUACUACUAUCCGUCUACAAAAGAGGUUGAUUCACGCCCUUGGUAACAUCAAAUUCAGCAUGGAUUGCUACAGAAAGAAGUUAGCUGUAUACGAAGCAGUUCAUAAGCGCUGUAAGCUUGGCCAGGCAAGUUUCCAAGAGCUAUACAUCCAAGCUCUUAUUGAUUUCAAAGCUAACACGAUGUCUUGUCGAGGUGAGACAGGACUUCCGUAUACAUCGAAACCGGAUGUUUUAAAAUACGUUAAAGUUAAAGCAAACAAAGAAAAAUUUGAAAUUAACUGUCUGUUAAAUAGUGGGGUUAAAAAAGCAUUGACCUGCGAAUCGUUCAAUGAGGGAUACAGUCAUAGUCAGGUAGCAAGCCUUCUUCAAUUGGAACUAAACGUAGUAAGGCAAUAUGAAGCAACUUGCGCUACACCUGUCCUCACGCCUAUCGAUGUAUCCGAAAUUUGUACACUAAAAACAGAUAAUGUUCACGUGCACGAAAUCUAUUCCAAAUUUCCAAGAAUUGAGAAAACGAAAGUGAGAACUGCGUACGGGAAAUGCUCUUAAGUGACAUUAAUCUUAAGUGGAUUUUAUCCAUGUUUCAUUGACAAUAGUAGAGCGUCAUGGAACAAAAACAUUUUUGAAAUAUGAAACCAUUCACAUUCUUGUUUAAGUCCAUAAAACGGCAACAAACAAUCGACAGCAGAAACAAAGAAAAAAUUUUUUU